AUGUAUAUCGCCCCGCCGGCGACUCCCACAGACGACGCCAGUAGCAAGAGCAAAAACGCGCUGGAUGCUAUCAAGAAGAACAGAUUUAUGAGCUGCAGCCCCGAGGAGACACCCAAGAGCACAAACAGAGGGUACAAUUGUUUCCACUGGAACAAGAGCAGUAAGGAUCGUGCGACGAAAUCUCCCAUUCGGAAAGCAGCUCCGAACGCGGCUUUGAAAUGCGCAAAUGCACCCAGGGAUGCUGACAUGGGCUGUAAGCGAAUCGACGCCGGAAAGACAAAGGCCUGUACAGAGGACGCCACGAACAUGGGCAGUAUAAACUUUACCAACAAGGGUCGAACCAGAGUCAAACUUCGCUUAGCUCUAGAUCGCAACGUGGCCGUCGGCUUGGGGAUGCGACGCUCUGGCGCCAAAGGAAUAUUCUCUUCCUCGUCGUUCAAAGUCGGUGUCGUCCAAGGCGACUUGGUACUGAUGCGAGGCAGCGGAGCUGGAGGCAGGACCACGAAAUGGGCGGCCAGCAGAAUGCCAACCAGGUAG